CUCGCUUACCUGAUCUGUUAUCGGGGUGCAGGAGGUGGGGAAGACCCGUGGGUCUACAGGGGAGGAACGUUGCAGCGAGUUGUAUGAUUUGGGUAAAAUUUACCUCUUGUUUGGGGACCAGUCCAUGUUCAGUCCAGGUCCAGCCCGUUGGUGGUCAGUUGUUGUGCAGAACAGUUGGAGGCUGGAGCACGAUCCGUUCAAGUUUAUUUACAAAUGACUACGAUAAUUAUAGCGGUUGCGCUGGUGGCGUCCCUGGUAGUGGCCACGGGAGUUCUGUUCAACGUGAAACCGGUCAAUUCCGCAUCAUCGUCACGAGAGCUUUAUGGCUGGAGCAGCUAUCCGGCAGGGGGUCGUGAAAAUAAUGUCACGUUGCUGGACCAGUACGCCGUAACCGCGAGCAGCCAAGAAGGGACACUGAAAGCUCCCACGGCAAAUCGGAACGUUUGGACCUGGAUUUCGUCCAUUCUGGGGCUGCCCAUUGCAAGUGUGUUCGCAUGGCGGGCGACACCGACAAACUGUAAACUCUGCUCAUGUGGUGCCCCCCAGAACACUUCCCGCAUCGUCGGUGGCCAGGAUGCCCCGGAGGGACGCUACACGUGGAUGGUGGCGCUGUACUACAACAACAAGUUCAUCUGCGGCGGAUCGCUCAUCAACGACCGGUACGUGCUGACGGCGGCCCACUGCGUGUUCAACACGGAUCGGAGCCUGUUUUCGGUCAAGUUCCUGCUGUACGAUCGGUCCAUUCCGGCGCCGGAAUCGUUCGAACGGCGAGUGUCGUACAUUAUGACGAAUUGGUUCGUGAACGCUUUGGUGUUCAUUACGAACGAUUUGGCACUGUUGAAGCUGAACGAGACGGUUCCGAUUGGCGAUAGUUUGUAUCCGGUUUGUUUGCCCCAGGAGGGACCGACGUUCGCCGGAAUGGAGGGUAUCGUAACUGGUUGGGGAAAGCUGGGCAAUCGGACGUUCCCGACGAAGCUGCAGGAAGUGCGGGUGCCCAUUUUGUCCUACACUGAAUGUGCCAACCAGAGUAGCUACCACAACUUCCAAAUCAACGAUAGGAUGUUGUGCGCUGGAGUGCCAGAGGGUGGCAUGGACUCCUGCCAAGGUGACAGCGGAGGUCCCAUGCACAUUCAGGACGCCGAUACGGGAAAGUACGUGAUCGCAGGGGUUGUUUCGUACGGUUACGGUUGUGCUCAACCCUCAUAUCCAGGAAUCUACGCACGUGUCAACAGAUUUCUCUCGUGGAUCAAGUUCAACACCCGUGAUGCCUGCUACUGCAGCUGAUGACCGGACCGUACGUCGAAAUUUGAAUAAAUAAACAUUGUUCGCUACCUGUUGUUGUGGGAAGA